ACAGAGAGUGGCUCGACGACCAGAUCGUAAGUUUUGCAGAUCCGCGUCGCUAAAGAGAACAGUUAGUGAUUUUUCUGGUACACUACGUCCGUAGACGUCUGGAUUUCUUGACGUCAGGAGAAGUCUGAGCGCAUCCAGCGCUGCGCACCAGCUCAGCAACCACAUCUCUCCCAGAGGAAAGCAGGGCACCGCACAGCUACAAAUCGCCAUUUAGUUUUAGUGUGGCGAAUCCAAUCAGGGUUGUAGGAUGCCUCUUGGAGAGGAUGGAAACGGAUGGAAAAAGAAGACAUCAGAGAUCAAAGAACAUUAUGACUUCAAAGAAGUGCUGGGAACGGGGGCUUUCUCUGAGGUGGUUCUCGCAGAGGAGAAGAGGACUCAGAGGCUAGUGGCCAUCAAGUGCAUCCCUAAGAAAGCCCUGGAAGGGAAGGAGAACAACAUUGAAAAUGAGAUUGCAGUUCUGCACAGAAUCAAGCACCCAAACAUAGUUUCGCUGGAGGACAUCUUUGAGAGUACAUCUCAUCUAUACCUUGUCAUGCAACUAGUUUCUGGAGGAGAACUUUUCGACAGGAUCGUGGAGAAGGGGUUUUACACAGAGAGGGAUGCUAGCCAGCUCAUCCAUCAGAUCUUGGAUGCUGUUAAAUAUCUCCAUGAUAUGGGAAUCGUUCACAGAGAUUUGAAGCCAGAGAACUUACUGUAUUACAGUAUGGAUGAAGAUUCUAAAAUCAUGAUCAGUGACUUUGGCCUGUCUAAGAUCGAAGGAGCGGGCAGUGUCAUGUCCACGGCAUGUGGUACUCCUGGUUACGUUGCCCCUGAAGUUCUCGCUCAGAAACCAUACAGUAAAGCUGUUGAUUGUUGGUCCAUAGGAGUUAUUUCUUAUAUCUUACUCUGUGGAUAUCCUCCGUUUUAUGACGAAAAUGAUGCCAAGUUAUUUGAGCAGAUUCUGAAAGCAGAGUAUGAGUUUGACUCUCCGUACUGGGAUGACAUCUCAGAUUCAGCCAAAGACUUCAUCUGUCACAUGAUGGAAAAGGACCCUAUGAAGAGGUAUACGUGUGAGCAAGCUCUUCAACAUCCUUGGAUAUGUGGGGACACAGCUCUGGACAAGAAUAUCCAUGAAUCUGUCAGCGCACAAAUCAAGAAGAACUUUGCCAAAAGUAAAUGGAAGCAAGCGUUCAAUGCCACGGCGGUGGUGCGACACAUGCGGAGGCUGCAGCUGGGCACCAGUCUCGAGGGACCGAGUCAGAUUACUCCCACCAGUCCUUGCCAUGGACAUCUGCUCCCAGAGGAGGAGGUGGAGGAAGAGGAGGAGGAACUGGGGAAUGAGGAGGAGGAGAGCUUGUCUCACUACGAGGAUGGUCGUCGUGGAAGUAAUGAGGGCAGCACAGAUCGGGACAGUCUGAGAAGCUGUACCUACUGCUGCAGGCCAACCAGUAGAAUUUGAGCACAGCCUCCUGGUUUCGUGAUGAUGAAGUGUCUGUGGAGCACCCAGAACUCGCCCACCCAGUCUGGCCAGUAAGGCAGAGUAGAUAUUAGUCAAUAUCCAGCAGAAACCCAAACAACAAUUUCCCGUUUCUUUGUGUUUAAAAAAAAAAACAAACAAAAAAGGACAUUUACAGUUAGUUUUCGUUACUUUGUUUAAACUAAAUAAUAACCUCUGUGAUGGGAAAAAGGGUUUCCCCUCUCAAGGUUAUUCAUGUUUUGCUUUUUCGCUACCUAAAAGUAUUUCAGAUCAUUAAGCAGAUUUCUUAGAGCAAAUACAAGCAGUUCUCAGCUGCUGGAAUUUGUUAUGAAAGAAAACUACACAAAGCAAACUGGUUCUGUAUGAAAUUGUUAUCAUACCCUUUUUAUGAGUGAUUAUCUAUAAUUUUGUUACAUUAUACAGGUACAAACAAAUCUCAUUUCUGCCAGACUUGCAAAAUCAAGAAGAAACUUAAACAGAGCCAGUCUUACAAAAGGAAAUAGGUUCAAAUCUGCAAUGAGUUCAAGAUAAGAUGAGAAAUAGUUAGAAACAAGCCUUCUGAACUCCAGUACAGUAAGAGCCGCUACUAACAAAUGGAAAUAACUAUAUUUGCCUGCAAACUACAAAUACUGUGAGGCCACACUAGCAACACAUCCAAAAGAUCACAACAAACCCAAAACUGAAUAUUUCUGAAGCACUGCAUGUCUCACAUACCUCAGUGAAGUUCACUGUUCGUAGCCUAAAAAUAAGAAACACUGCAUCCAUGGGAGGGUUUCAGUGUGAAAUCACAGCUGAUCAAAAAGAAGAGAAAAAAUCCGAAUGACUUCUUUAGGAGACCACCACAGAGGAGAAUCCCAGGACACCAGUUUGUUAACUAUAACUGGAAUUUAGCUGAGUUAUGCAACAGCACAAGUGCAAAAGGUGACUAAAAAGUCCACCUCUAACAGCCUAUUCAAAGGUAGAAUUUAGCCUCUUUCCCACUGAAAAUAGCGCGUUAACCCGGGUUAACAAUCGGCAUUUGGCUCCCUUCCCACUGGCAAAAAAACUGUGUCUAACCCCUCGCUGGCAAGCUGCGUCGUCUCUGUCCAACCGCGGGUGCAUGUCUGGUGACACCAUCACACUGGGUUGGCAUUCAUGAUGUCACCAAUGUGACGGAAAUCAAGACAUUAAACAAUAAGUGCAAUAUCUAAGGAAACCAGUGCGCUUUCUUGUUUCAUUCUAUUAUCUUUCCUAAUCCCUCUUGCCAGCGCUGAGCCAUGUUUAUCGAGUUGAUUUGGCUUGUUAAAUCUGACCGACUGGUGGGGAUUGUUGACGUCCGUACGUUAAAUGGUGUCACUUAAUUUCUGGCUCUGGUGGCGAUUUUAACACAGGUCGCUUGCUAAGUCCGUUGCUCGUUAGACACGCGUCAUUGAGCUGUUCCCACUGCUAAUAAAAGCUGAUUGUUCCUGGUCAUAAACAGGUUUUUCGGCUGGUGGGAAAGGUUGGUGAAUCAGAUCUGGGCCAAGGUUUGACAUAAAUCUGGUUAAGAUGCUGUAAACUUAAAGCAGACUGCUCUAAUCAUCUAAAGAGUGAAUUAAAGGUAUAGUGGAGGAUUUUCUUUUUCCCGGUGGAUCAUCAAAAUUAGUGGUCCUAAUUGUCAAUCAUUCUGGUGAUAUGUUUACGUAAGGGCGUCAUAUGUGCUUGUCCUCAGUUAGCUGUCUUUUUCUGCGCAUGCGCACUUUUAUGUGGUGAGCUAUGGUGUUAGCCUCUCAUUGAAUCCACACUGAAAGCACAGCACAGGUCGGGCUUCCUUCUGAUGCCUCGGUUGCGAAGUUUUUACUCGACAGGUAAAGCCUGGCAUGCUAUUUGAAGAAAUCCAUUUCACAUCACUGGUUGUAAAAGUUAACUACCCCUAUAUUGUAACUUUCCAGGGUUAGAUAAGUUUAUCUAUUUUGUAACAAGCAUUGUUUUAUGGUGGCCACAGAUCCUUAUUUACCCUGCAAACAGGUCCACAUUUCCACAUUAGCCUACACUCAUAAUUUUUUAUUGUACCAAUGUUCUUAUUUGCAGGUAAACUUUUUAUACAUAAAUAUGGGUGAGAUGAGAUCCAUCCGAGCGACCAUCUUAUUGCGUCCAUGCACAUCUUGAGGAGAAAUAGGCUCAUGCACGCUCUUGCACACGUUUAACAUGCGUUUCCUCUCGGGGGCGUGUACAGGAUUGUGCAUGUGCAUUUUUAUUUUUUUUUUUAAGUGGAGAGGGUUUGUCUUUUCAAACAUUUACGAAAAUCCUCCACGAUACAUUUAAGAAUCUGAGAGAAAGAGUAACACAACAUUCUUCAACAGAUAUUGUAGCGACUGGCCAGGAAUGUUAAGAUUAGUUACCAAAUACGAAGGGAGAGGCUUGUUUGAAUAGUUUUCCUUGGUAAUUAAAAACUGACAUCUAAGUCAGUUUGGUGAUCUGAAAAAAAAAGAAGCAAAACUGAAGAAAUGUGUAGGCUUAUUCUUUUUCAAAGAAUUGUAUUGCAAAAGUGACCACAAGGCAUAUUUGUGAAGAGAGAUUGAU